AUGGCUCUCCAGACCAAUGUUUACCGUGAUGGAGCCUGGGUCACCGAGAGGAUCGACCUUGACGCCGUUCUCAAGGGCAAUAUUGGCCCCAACCAACCUUCAAGGCAACGCUCAACAAGGCCAUCCAAGCUUGGUCUUCUGACUAGAAAUGUCAUCGAGAGCCCCAUAGCACACUGGAUCAUCCCAGUGCGCAUCAGAUCCGCUACGCAUAACGAUGUCGCUUUCAUAGGUGAUCGAUUUGUUGAAGUUCUGGAACUCCGGAAAGACGGUCGCUUGCAGACCAUUGCCAGAAAAAACGACUUCGGGUCUCGUAUUCGAAAUGUCAAACCGCUCGGCCUCCUGCCCAACUCGGUCAAGGAAGAGGGCCGUGACGAGGCGGCGAGCACGCAGGUCAAAACCGAAGAUGAAGAUGUCAUUAUGAACGACUCUCAGCCGUUGUCGGCUAUGGCUUCCCUGGGAACCCAGAAACAACUACCCCCACAAAUGCUCCUUUUGGUGCUCGAGUCCGGCGACUGUGUGCUCUUGUUCCUCCGUCCCGAUACAAACGGUCAAGCCGUGUUCGAAUCAACCUUGAUAAGCGCGCCUCAUACUCGCGUUGUCAACCCAGGCUUCCACAUGGCCGUAGACCCAAGUUCACGAUAUGUCGCACUGGGCUGUGCCGAAGGACUUUUUGUCGUUCACGAACUCGAAUCGAUCCAGACGCUGAACGAGCAAUAUUGUCGCGACAGGCCCCUUAGGCCAUUCAGGGCUGUACGUCCAAGAUCCGUGCAGGGUGUCAUCCACAAGAUGGAAUUUCUAUACCCAAGGCCUGAGGAUGACUAUCAUGUGAUCCUCCUAUUGAUCGUGGUGAGGAAUGGCAAAUCACGGAUGGUCACCUACGAAUGGGAGGCUGGGGACGACCUCAGGGAUGUCUUUGGGGAGGAUAAACGCGGUCACAGAUUACCUGUGGACUACCAGAUGCCAGUUCUCGUCAUUCCACUGACCGUCCGAACUGCCUUCUUCGCUAUUUCAUCCCAAGGCAUUGCAGUGUGCAAAGACGUACUCCAAGGCCCACCAGACUUCGAAGACUUCCAGAUGACUAUCCACGAAACCUCGGAAUACCACCACGGCUUAGCCAAGCCGAUCUGGACCGCGUGGACGAGGCCCUACCGUCUGUCUACUUUUUCUACCAGUAGAGAUAAUAUCUAUCUCGCCAGAGAAGACGGCGUCGUCAUGUUCCUUGACAUCGACUCUGAUAAUAUUCUCGGAGCCAGUGUCAAUGUUGGCAACUUCAAAUGCAAUAUUGCCAACGCUUUCUGCGCUCUCCAAGACAAUUGGUCAGAUAUCUUGAUUAUGGGAGGGGAUUCUGGCCCUGGCGCUAUCUGGCAGGUACCUCCUCGCGAGCCUCCGGUGGCUCUGGGAACCAUAGCCAACUGGUCUCCUGUCGUUGACUUCGUCACCACUGAUCCACAUCCGCCCUUUCCGAAGGCCCAAGGACUGAAGGAGGUGACAGGCAAUAGCUGGCCCGACAGUUCUCAAUGGGGCUGGCAAAGGCCCGAUAGACUGUUCGUUGCGACGGGAAAGGGCAUCACAGGCUCCGUGACUGAAUAUCGAUAUGGCCUAGAAGCCAGAAUUGGACCAGAUGUCGACUAUGAAGUUCCGAUCCGGGAUGCAUGGAUAUUUCCUGCACACUUGGGUUGUCCUGAUCGAGGAUUCCACAUAUUACUAUCAAUGCCCGACCGUUCCACUGUACUCCAUCUGUCUGAUGACUACAAUGAGAUUGCAGAAACGGAUCCCCACAGCCUCCCUUACGAUCUGUCAGCCAGGACCAUCGUUGCGACUCAACUUUCUGAUACUAUGGCCUUGCAAGUCACAGAGAACUACGUCGUCAUCUCGACUGCAUCGCAGUGCAUCCGUUGCACGCAUAUUGAACUCCUGGGAGACACCUUCACAGCAAUCAUGUAUGCUGCAGCAUACGACAGGUUCAUCGCCUUGGCAACCUACAAGGACUCGAAAUCUCAGAUACACAUCUUGCAGAUUGCUGAGGACCUAGAAAUACGUGUUGUGAAGGCCGUCGAUUCGCCUUCUGAUGUCACUUGUCUCGCUCUUGGGCCAGUCGACGGUGAAGUGUGUGUUUUCGCCGGGCUAUGGGAGGAUUUUCAACCAAAACUCUUCAUUUUCCCAGUUCGACAGGUCGAGAAACUUCUCAUACUUGACCUCUCUCGACGGAAGGUGGGGAGUCCUGGAGCGGGAAGCUCGACCUCGCCGCUCCAGCCAAACCAAGAGGCUCCUGAAGCGCCCAGAAGCAUUGUUUGUUUGACAGAUCCCUCUGGGCAAUGCACUGUGCUCGUCGGCACUAAUAGUGGCGAGGUGCUCACUCUAGUUCUCAAUCAACAGGACGGUCUUCGAUCUCUAACAUCAGAGAAGUUUGGGCAAACGGCUGCGCAGUGCAUUGCCAAUGGGAACAAAUCAGCGUUUAUUUGCUGCGACAGCCAGAUCGUUCAGCUUGUUUCGUUGGGCGAAGGUAACCUCAAGAACGGCCAGUCCCAAAUCAAGCAUUGGGUGUGGCCUGUCGAUGGUAGUGAUGCGCAGAAGCCUUCGCCUGCAGUGGACUCGGCCUCGGUAUUGAGGCAAGGGCUGCCAGGCCAUGGAGGUGAUACUUCCUUACUUCUGGUCUCAGGAUCUCGCAUUCUGCUCACAGGCUUGGCGACCCAGCCACAGUCAGUACCGCGCAGCAUCUUGGUGGGUGGCACACCCAGCAAACUACUCUAUCUCCACUCGCUCGACUGUUUGGUGGUCGCGGUGCAAACAGGCAAUCGCCCUGUACUGAAGUUCAUUGACACCACGAGUGGAGAGGACCUCUCCUUGCCAUCGGACAAGGAGAAGGUCGGCGUGAAGUUUAUUGCCGGUUUAGGCGAGGGCGACAAGAUUGAGGGGCUAUCUGAGUGGGAGUACACCAAGGACGAUAAAGUGUGGCGCUUUGUUCUCGUCUCGACAAAAGAUGCCCGACUAAUUGUUGUCUCAAUGGAAAGGAUCGAAUCCUCACCAGACGAGCCGAAGGGGAAAAUACGUUUCUGGACACGUUACAAGCGAUCAGAAUCAGAGUCGAUUCAUUCCAUAAUCGGGGACGCGGAGAACUUGUUCUACUGCGUCGGCACCACCCUCCACUGGGACAUCCUGGACCUCAGUGAGAAGAAGUUGAAGCCAAUGAAGACAUUUGAGCUGAGCUCUCCAGCUACUUCUCUAACAUUUUCAGAUGGCAAGAUUAUAGCCCUGACGGAUAAGGCCUCAGUCCAGAUCAUCGACCCAGCUAUUGACAGCGAGGCGGACCAGAUGGUGCUGGCCCAUGUGGACAUUGUUUCUAGGCCGUCAGCGCAUUGCAUCGAGGCCUUCUCUGGCAGCGAAGAUCCGGAGACUUCGAUUCUGCUCGUUAGUGACCGAUCAUGUGGUGUCGUUGGUCUCUGGGUACCGUGGCAACAGCCCGGGAGGAACUGCGAGGUGCUCUUUGAAGCCGAUUUACCAGCAUCCAUCAGGAAAUUUCAGAGAGGGAAGACCAGGCCGAGCUGGCAACAAGGCCGCCGGCAGUUGAAGUACGGACACGUGCCCAGCACCGUGGAUGGUGCAGAUAUCCUGGGCGUGUGUAUGGAUGGAUCGCUCUACCAUUUCGCGCUCCUGAAUGCAGAGGCAUGGGCAGUCUUGGGUCUUAUACAGAACCUGGCGCAGACUUCUGAACUGCUCUACCCAUUCCAGUACGAGCCCCCGGGUGAUCCGGACUGGGACGCGAGUCCGGUACUGGACAACGGGUUCAACAUGCAUAUCGAUGGGGACAUGCUCCAGAGAUGCUUCGAGUUGCGAGCCGUCGAGCGGCUCUUUGCUCGGCGGGUCCAUGCAGCACAGCUGGUUCGCCUUCUCAACAACCUAGAUGGUGGUCGUUGGACGAUGGAUUUCAGGGCCGAUGACAGCCGUGGAUCCGAUGAGGGGCCGCGAGAGAUGGUGGCAUUGGACCGCAGCACGAUGGCGCGCUAUUUCGCACUUGUCUAUGAUAUAUUAGAGUACUACCUGGCCCCUGUAAUCUGA